AUGGCCGACGCUACUGACGUGACAAAAACCGCCAUAGUCAACGACGCAGACCGAUUGCCCCGUGAGUCAAUCGACUUGCACCGCGAGCUCAUUGAUACCUCGGCGGUCGACGAUGUGCUGACCAAGAAGAUGGCGCUGGUCAAUGCCGCAAUCGACGAGAUCGGAAUGACGGCGUUGCAGUGGAAGCUCUUCUUCCUGAACGGCUACGGCUAUGCUGUCGAUUCGCUCCUCGUCUCCUGCCAGUCUAUCGCUCAGACAGCUGUAACCCAGCAAUGGGGCAGCCCGACUGCCAAAAUCCAAGGUGUAGCGCUCGCUUCGCAGGUCGGCCUGCUUGUGGGCGCUGCCGUUUGGGGCUUCUCUGCAGACAUCAUCGGGCGGAAGCUCGCCUUCAACACCAGCCUGUUCGUCUGUGCUGCGUUUGUGCUGAUUGCCGGCGGAAUGCCGAAUUACAUCUCCUUCUCUGCCAUGGUCGCCAUCUACUCGGCGGGCGCUGGAGGAAACUACAUCCUUGACGCGACCAAUUUUCUCGAGUUCCUGCCCAUGUCGCACGCCUGGCUCGUCACGUUCCUGGCCGUGUGGUGGGCGGUCGGAUACACCAUCACCGGCCUCCUGGCCUGGUGGUUCAUGAGCGACUACAGCUGCGCGCCGGACGCCUCUGCUGCCGAGUGCACCAACGCAGACAACAUGGGCUGGCGGUAUCUGCACAUCACCUGCGGCGCGCUGGUGCUUGUCCUGAGUGUCCUGCGCCUCGUCCUCAUCCGCAUGGUCCAGACACCCAAGUGGCUUGUGAGCCAGAACCGGGACGAGGAGCUCUAUCAGGUCCUGCUGGACCUGUCAGUCCGGUACCAGCGCCCGCUCUCGCUGAGCCUGGAGAAGCUGCAGUCGCAGGGACGCGUGCUCCACACGGAGAAAUCGGUGUGGUCUGGCCUGCGGCUGAAGAAGCAUUUCUCCGGGCUGUUCAGCACGCGCAAGCUGGCAUACUCGACGGCCAUGAUCAUCGUCAACUGGCUGCUCAUCGGCACCGUGUCGCCGCUGUACGGGGUGUUUCUGCCGUACUAUCUCGAGUCGCGCGGCGCAGACACCGGCGACGACUCCAACUACACGACGUGGCGCGACUAUGCCAUCAACCAGAUUGCCGGGCUACUGGGGCCGAUUCUCGCGGGCGUCCUGGUCGAGACGCGGUAUUUUGGGCGACGAGGCACGCUGGCCGUCGGCGCGGCCAUGACCACGGCGCUGCAGCUGGGAUACACGCAGAUCAAGACGCCGGCGCAGAACCUGGGCGUGUCGGCGGCCAUCACGGCGGCGUCCAACGUCUACUACGGCACGAUCUACGCCUACACGCCGGAGAUCCUGCCGAGCGCACACCGCGCGACGGGCUAUGGCCUCUGCGUGGUGGUGAACCGCGUUGGCGGCAUCAUCGGCGUGCUGGUGGGCAGCUACACCAACGUGACCACGACCACGCCGCUGUGGGUGUGCGCAGGCCUGUAUGGCGCGCUGAUUUUCACGAGCCUGCUGCUGCCGUUUGAGAGCAUGGGCAAGAGGACUGUCUGA